AAUUAAAAUUAAUCAAAUAAUUAACCAAAUAAAUAAUUUAAAAUUCUGUAAAUAAUUUAAAACAUGCAAAUUUUUGUAAAAACCCUUACUGGCAAAACCAUCACCUUAGAGGUCGAAGGUUCUGAUACUAUUGAAAAUGUAAAAGCUAAAAUCCAAGAUAAAGAAGGUAUCCCACCAGAUCAACAAAGACUUAUCUUUGCCGGUAAACAAUUAGAAGAUGGUCGUACUCUUUCCGACUACAAUAUUCAAAAAGAAUCUACCCUCCAUUUAGUUUUAAGACUUCGUGGUGGUAUGCAAAUUUUUGUAAAAACCUUAACUGGUAAGACUAUCACCUUAGAAGUCGAAGGUUCUGAUACCAUCGAAAAUGUAAAAGCUAAAAUCCAAGACAAAGAAGGUAUCCCACCAGAUCAACAACGUCUCAUUUUUGCCGGUAAACAAUUAGAAGAUGGUCGUACUCUUUCCGACUAUAAUAUUCAAAAAGAAUCAACUCUUCAUUUAGUUUUAAGACUUCGUGGUGGUAUGCAAAUUUUUGUAAAAACCUUAACUGGUAAAACCAUUACUUUAGAAGUCGAAGGUUCUGAUACCAUCGAAAAUGUAAAAGCCAAAAUCCAAGAUAAAGAAGGUAUCCCACCAGAUCAACAACGUCUCAUUUUUGCCGGUAAACAAUUAGAAGAUGGUCGUACUCUUUCCGACUACAAUAUUCAAAAAGAAUCAACUCUUCAUUUAGUAUUAAGAUUAAGAGGUGGUCUCUAAAUUAAUAAAAUAUCCCUAAUAAAUGUAUUUUUAUUUCAAAACAAAAAAUAUGUUAUUUUUUAUAU